GUCAUGAUAUAGUUGUCUGCAGUCUGAAAUGUAGGUAAUCGCUCGAUGACAAUGAUUUGACAGCAAUAAUUAACAUCAGUAAUAGUUAUAGCAGUUGAUGAAAGGGUUUUUAAUUUAUGAUAUAUUGUUACAGAUAUUUAUAGCAGUGAACGUUAAAAAUGUUUUAUAGUGCGGUUUAGUGUAUUAAUGUUUGAAUAUUUGUGCAAACCAUUAACAUUAUUGAUAUCAAUCUGGAAUGUUAUGAACUACUUAUUAAACUAAAACAAAUUACUCACUCAGCUAUAUUAUUUACAUACCUUUGUUUAGUGCAGUUGCAUAUUAUGCCGUGGCAUUAUAUUAAUACUAGAUUCUCACCACUUCAGUUGCACUUAUACCAACGUAAAAGUAAAUUGGCUUCUUGAAACAUACAACUCUUGUGCAAUUCCUAGUUGUCACUGAAGAGCUGUAGCAGAUUCGUUCGCUGAAACAACGUUAAAUACAGGAGUAACAAUUAGUAAGAUAACGACCUCUCCGUCACCCUAGUGGAAAAAGGAAACAUGACGAAGGCUGUGAUGAUGUAUAUUUGAAUUUAGUAGCCAGAUACGCACAAACCAGUACAGACUAAAUGACAACAAUAAAUGUUGAUGUGAUACAGUGUUUUGCUUAAUUCAAUUAACGGAGUUUCUACCGGAAAUAUGUCAUUGUUCUUAGCGGUAUUAGUGUUCCUGUUUCAAAUGUCAGUAUGUCUCGCUCUGGAAGGACCAAACAUUUGCGUCAGACAAGAAUCGUAUACAGUAACUGUACGUGUAUCAGAACAGCAACCUUACCAAGUGAGGGAGUAUGUAUGGUGUUUAAAUUUUCCUCCCAGAUGUUCCAAGUAUAAAAUAAAAUUUAAGACGGUCUAUAAAACUCAAAAAUUAACGAAGAUGCGUCCAGUUGAGGAUUGCUGUAAAGGAUAUGCGAAAAAUAGCGCGGAAGACCGUUGUAUUCCUGUAUGUUCAGAUGAUUGUCUUCAUGGAACAUGUAUAGCUCCUGAUACAUGCAAGUGUGAAACAGGCUAUGGUGGUCCUUCGUGUGAUAUUUCAUGUCCCUCUGGUUAUUGGGGAAGGGAUUGCCAAAUGGAAUGCUUAUGCAAAAACAACUCCACCUGUGAUCCAUUUAAUGGCGAAUGCCGUUGCGCAAGAGGUUGGACUGGGAGAUACUGUGAAAAUAAAUGUACACCCGGAAGUUACGGCCAAAAUUGCGAAGAGAAAUGUAGAUGCGUUUAUGGCGAUUGUGAUCAUGUUUCAGGAGAAUGUUUUUGUCAUCCAGGAUGGAUGGGUCCUUUGUGUGAUGAUAAAUGUCCCAACGGUAAACACGGCUAUGAAUGUAAAUCGGAUUGUCGAUGCCAAAAUGGGGGUGAGUGCGAUCCUGAAUCGGGAAAAUGUAAAUGUGGUCCUGGUUGGAUUGGACUAGUAUGUGCAAAUCGGUGUCCAUUCGGAUUCUAUGGCGAAAAUUGUUCUCAGCCUUGUGAUUGCUACAACGGUGCAUCCUGUCAUCAUAUUAGUGGCGCUUGCGAAUGUCAACCAGGAUUUAUGGGUGAUAGAUGUUUGGAUAUUUGUCCAAGUGGUACAUAUGGAUAUAAUUGCUCACAGCAAUGUGACUGUUUAAACAGUGCUACAUGUUCUUCAGCAAGUGGAAAAUGUAAUUGUGCUCAUGGAUGGCAAGGUAAACGAUGUAGUGAGAGAAUUUGUAAGGACGAUCUCUGGGGAGAAAAAUGCCAAAAUACUUGCGAAUGCAAUAGGGAUAAUACGGAGGUGUGCCAUCCAUGGACUGGUGAGUGUGAAUGUAAAGCUGGUUGGAACAGCAAAGACUGCUCGAGACAGUGUCCUAUUUUAACAUACGGAAAAGGCUGCCACGGUAUUUGCAGUUGUAAAAAUAAUGCUCAAUGUUCACCUGUUGAUGGAAGUUGUAUUUGCCCACCCGGGUUUCGAGGUAAAGAUUGUAGCGAAGAGUGCGGCUUGGGUACUUUCGGAGAAGAUUGUACACAAAAAUGCAACUGUAAAAAUGGUGCAACGUGUUCUUCUGAAACAGGACAGUGUUUUUGUGCUCCUGGAUGGGAAGGUCAAUAUUGCGACAGACCCUGCAGCGAAGAGAAGUAUGGGAUCCAUUGUAAUGAAAAAUGCAACUGUAAAAAUGGUGCGGCAUGCAAUCCACAAAAUGGUUCUUGUACAUGUAGCCCCGGAUUUACCGGUGAGUUGUGUGAAAAACGCUGCGAGUUUGGAUAUUUUGGUCAAAAUUGUCAGCAGGAGUGUCAGUGUAAUAUAGAUAAUUCAGACGGGUGCGAUCCAGUUACUGGAAAAUGUAUUUGCAAAAAGAGUUGGAAAGGUACUCAUGUACUUAUCAAGUUGAAUCUGCAACUUUGCCCAGAAGGAUAUUAUGGAGACCAUUGCAUGGAUCCGUGUGAAUGUGAUAAUGACAAUUUCCUAUGUCAUCCAGUUAAAGGAUGCGUCUGCAAGCAUGGGUUCGGUGGAGAAAAAUGCACAGAUUUAUUGUACGCCCGUGUUGUUUCUGAGUAUGAUUCGAGUGGAGGAUCAUGGGUAUUUGUUGUUACUGGCACCAUAUUAGCUCUGGUGUUACUAAGUGUCAUUAUCACAAUUUGGUUUUACUACAGAAGACGAGUAUCAAAUUUGAAAACGGAAAUUGCUCACGUUCAGUACAUCGCUGAUUCACAAGCACUAACAACAGAUCGAAAUCACUUCGAUAAUCCUAGUUACACAUAUCCUUUGCCGCUGAAAGAGAAAGAUGACGUAGGGUUACUUAAUAAUACCACUCAUAUUCGAAAUAAUCUUGCAAAAAAGAACAAUAUGAGUUUAGAAAGACAACGAAUGAGUAAUCCCAGCAGUUCCAUUACAGGCGACGAUUGCAAUACAAAAGGUUAGUAAUUAAAAAAUGAUAAUAGUUUU